AUGGUCGGUAGUGAUACAACCAGCGGCUGUGUGCUGGGAGCAUGGCUCGUGGUACUUCUACAGAUAUCUGGAGUUUUCACACAAGACUAUGAUGUGUCAGAGAUACAAUGCACCUUCACGGGGUCGGAGGGUCGGCAAGGGAAGGUGAUAGGGAAGGACUACAUCUCCGCCAAGCUGCGGAAGCCCGAGGGGUUCAAGGGGGCGCCACUGUUCGCGGACGACCGAGCUAUCGAUCCUCUGCUGGACGCGGAGUGUCAGAUCCGACCGGACCCGGAGGAUCUCACAGGGCUGGCCUACAGUCUGCUGGUCACCAACUUCGCCCGAUGCGGAGUGCUCAAGAGGAAUGGGUUUGUCCACGUGAGGAUAUGGUUCCCGCAGUUCCCGGGGGUUGUGAUGAUGUCAGAUCAAGAACUCAUCAUCAUGUGCAAGCCACCAGAGCCGACGAUCAUAGAGAACAAAGCAGCAGGCUUCGCCGGCAGCUUUCCACAUGGAGCUAGAGUGUCUGGUGUAGUGGAGGAGACACCUGGUCGUCUGGAGUACGAGGUGGCUCUGUACAAGGAGGCUCCACCUAGAAUGACCAACUCUAGUUCUGAACUACCUGUUGACCAGGCAGUGCCAAUAGGAACAAAGUUGCAGCUUCGAGCAAGGAUAAAUCCACAAUCAGCCUGGAAGCAUGUGAAGCUGAUGGAAGUGACAGUUUCACCAGACCCUGACGAUCCUCACGUAGCAGGAAGUGUGGCCCUAGUCAAGGGAGGGUGUCGUAAUCGAGACUUUGUAGCGAUCAUCCCUCAUCAACCUGCCAGAUAUAGAGACCGGCACAAUGAGGUUUUUCUAGACUUUGAAGCAUUUCUGCUCAGUACAAUGAAGGAAAGAUCAACUCUGUGGAUACAUUCUCAGAUCAAAGCUUGCAUGGAUGCUGUGGACUGCCAACCUGAGUACUGCCUUGAUCUGUUUGAGCCGAGUGGACAGGGAAGGCGACGGAGAGCGUUGAGUGCUAACAUGCCGAGCGGCACAAUGUCUGAUCAGUUCCGCAACAACACUCAGUAUACAAAGUUUCAUGAGAACAUCGAGUACACUGUUCUCAUGCCAGGAGAUCUGUACCAUCACACAGUGGCGAUGGAGAACUCCUGCAGCACAUUUCUGCUAAUCUCCGCAGCGCUGGGUUGUCUUCUGUUCAUCUCCGCAUUCCUCAUGUGCUACCUCGCGUCUCGGCUGCAGUCAGCACUCGCCGCAUCCAAUCACAGCCUCUCGAUAGACCACCUGGUCAGAGAACAUUCGCGUAAACAUUCUCACGGCUCGGAGGCUAUGACGUACACUGGUAGAUCCAUGUUACAAUAGUCUGCUGCGGUAGGGUGUGGAACUUUGUAAAAGAGGUCAAUAAAGCUCAGGUCUGGAAUUAGAUUGGGAAUUUACCCUGACAUUUUUUGGUUGGAUUAGAAUUGUGGACAGUUAAAUUAUGGAUCGGUUAAUCAGUGACUUGUCUCAUCAAUAAGGUUAGUGCUAAGACAGGUCAUUCAGGUUAACUGCAACGUUCAGUAAGGGUUUAAAGUAAAUUUAAUGGGUUUCAGGUUCAAGAAAUGUGUUACUACAUAGCUGCUGUGAGUAAAGAUAAAAGUACAGCCUGGAAGCAAUAAACUAAUUCUGGGCCUAACAUCUAAAACAUGUUAUUUACUGACCUCUUUUGUAAAGAAAUCUCAACAGUGAU